CUUAGCGACAGGUGCCCGUUGUAAAUAGUGACAGUUUACUUGACAAUUGAGUGCGAGAUGGGAGUAACCGGCUGGUGGCUUUGACAACGUCGUUUCCAUUAGACAAGUAUAUAACCAUGGCAAAUGUGCCAGAAAAACAAGAAACCGAGGCAGUCGCUGCCCCUAAGGAACCUCGUCUGAUGCCAUCAGCGCCUCCAGGACCAAAUCUUCCAACAAUGUUUGGAGAAAUCCUGGAAACCAGUGUGACAUUUUGUGUGGAUACUUCCGGCAGCAUGUACAACUCCUUGCAUGUCGUACAGGAACAGUUGAUCGAGACUCUUUAUAAACAUGCUCAUCGUGACCGAGACACUCUGUUCAACAUCAUAGAAUUCAACACAGAAGUGACACAGUGGGCGGACAAGAUGGUGAAAUGUACGCCUGAGACUGUUGCCGUUGCCGCAGAGUGGAUUAACAAGUUAUCAGCAAAAACAGGAACAAAUACCCAGGAUGCUCUUCUUACUGCCUUCAGCGUUCCGAAGUGUCGUGCUGUGUAUUUAGUUACUGACGGUCUGCCGGAUCAGCAAACCGAGGACAUUUUGGACCAUGUUGCCUAUGUAAAUGAGAACCGACCCGUCCACUGCAUCUAUAUCUGUGAAAACAAAGCCGACGAAGCCGCAACAGAAUUUCUCGAAGAUCUGUCCGUUGAAACUUAUGGAUCUUUCCACAUUGUUACCAUGACGACUCACGGAUGCGUCGAGCGCAUUACCCCUGUAUACCGAUCAGAUCACGCCCAAGAACGACUUAUAAGAACUGUGGAGGAUCAUGUUCGACUCAAUGUGAAAACAUGCAGCGUGACAACAACGUUGAAUGCAGAUCCAGAAGAUGCGCUUGGUCUACCCAGGGUCUCUGCUCUCAACCAGUGGUCCUACCCACCUUACUGUCAUCCUUUUCUUGGACCGUUUCCAAUGCGGUACUACUACCCAUAUUACUGGAGCCGCUACCGCCCGGCAAAGGCGUGGUUGAAGGCUCAGGACUCUUUGUUUGACCCCCUGGAUCUGUCGCCUGCUGCUGGCGCCCUGUUGAUUGGGAAGAAAGUCAUGGCGCGGAGAAUUGAUGAUGGAUACUUUUAUAUGGGGACAGUUCAGAGUCAGAUUCUACAGGACAAGUUCCUGGUAGCUUUCGGCCCGUAUAAACAUGGCAAGUAUCGGGACACAUCAUACCAGGACACCUUUGUGUACGACAUUGUGGACUUGAUCGAUGCAAAGCGACACACCAUCCUCACAGGGGACAGGGUCUUGGCCCCCUGGGAGCGAGGGGAGAGGUAUGGCCCAGGGAUCGUCAUCGACGGACAUGAGAGGAGAGGUGCUGAGGGACCAGAUGACAGUCAGAUCACAGUAACAUUCAGCAAUGGCAAGACGGAAAAAGUCGUGGAGGACCAGGCUGUCUGGAUCCCUGAGCCCGUGUAUGAGCGUCUUGCGCUGGAGCUAAAGAUGCCUCGAGUUGCCCGGGAGACCCUUCAGAAUGAAGAGAACUAUCCUCAGGACACCCUUCCGGGCUACCCAGUGUCGGGACCUGUUGCCUACCCUCCCGAAUUCCCCCAAGCAAACCCCCUGGUGGUUGACACCGAGCCAGGUGUUAUGGACCGAGGGUUGUACCGAUGUCCUCCUUACGUCCCUACCUACCCGGUCGUGCAUCAGGCCCGGACCAAGAAGGCCAAGGCAGCUGUGAAGAGUGAAGACAUGGAUGCUGUGAUUCCUGGAACAAACAUGACAAGCAAGGAGCUGCAGGACAAGGUCUCGUCUCAGCUCAGCGAGCUUUCGGACGAGAAGGAAGAAAAGGCUGAGCUGGAUGAGAAGGAGAUUGAGACAAUUAACCGGAGGAAGAGGUUGCUGAAGAAGCGGGAGAAGCAGUUUGCAAACUCUUGCAGGAAAUCUGUCUCGUUUGAUGAUUCUGUUAAAGAAGCUUAUUACCGUAACAACGAUGUCCGUUUGGAGGAUUUUGACCUUGGUGAUGCAGACAGUGGGUAUGCAACAUCACCGGAUUUGAGUGAGGAGAGGGACAGGCUGGAGAGGAAGAGGCAAGAAUGUGAGCAAGAGAGAUGGCUUCUGAGAAGGGAAAGAGAGGACCUGGAGCAAGAACUUAGACUACGAGAAAGAGACGUUGGUGUCAACACCGACUCCAGUCUGCUGUUCAGGAAGUCAACUCCAGUUGGCAGACGGCCUCCAUGGAGGUACUGGAAGCGGGAUCCCAGUCCUGGAAGGAGGAGAGCGAAGUCUGCAGUUACACCUUUCAGAGAGACAGCUUUGCAGGCUCCACUUGAAGCUCGGGAUCAGAGGAAUGCAGCCAUCAACUCAGUGGAAUGGAGGAGCCCAGUCUUCAAGUAUGUGGAUCCCCAGGCAAGGGGAGACUACUCUAACUCGGUGGAGCUGCUGUUAAAGACGCCCAAGCCACCCAGCACUAAAGCUGGUACUGUCCCUAGGGAUGGGGACGGCGUGGCCAGUUCCCUGGGAUACAGGAUAAUGACAGAGCAUGACAUUGCCUUAGCCAGGAGGGAAUACAGACGUCAGCAGAUCAUCAAGCGGCGAGACGACUGGCAGAAUCGUCUGGCGGAGGAGAACAGCAUGAAGCUGGCCAUGAAGGACCAGCACCACCAACGCAUCCUGGAACAGCUGACCCGGGAACGCGACCGCCAGCUGCAGGAACAGCAGAUGAUCGCCAAUCAGCGGGAAGCUAAGAAGAAGAUCAGCUUUGAGCUGAAACAGAGGAUUGAGAAGAACCAGCAGGUUGAGGUCACUCGUGAGGAGAAGCGCAUCGAUGCUCUGAGGAACAGGCGGGAACACAGGGAGGCUUUGCAGACACAGCGUCAGAAGCAGGUCGAGGCUGUCAGUCUCCGGAGACAGCAAAUCAAAGUUCAGCGCAGCCAGGCCCGUGCUGAUGCUUAUGCUGCCCAGCUAGAUGAGGAGGAGGCCAAGUCCAAUUUCCAGAUAAAGCAAGCCCAGAGUGCUAAGACAAGUCGUAUCAACCACUUCCGUCAUCUCGAGGAGGAGGCCCAGCGAUCUAAAGACCUUCGGAAGAUCGUCACAGACUUGCAUCAAUCCAUGCUGAAAUCACAGAUAUUCCCCUAGGAGGAGGAUAUCAAGGAUAUGCCCCAAGAGGAAUGAUAUCGCAGAUAUUCCCAAAAGGAAUAUCACAGAUACUCCCCUAGAAGAAUGUCAGAGAUAUUCCCUUAGAAGAAAGUCACAGAUAAUGUCCCAAGAAGAAUGUCACAGAUAUUCCCCUAGAAGAAUGUCACAGAUAUUCCCCUAGAAGAAUGUCACAGAUAAUUUCCCAA